AGAGUUUGGUGUGUGGCGCUUUGCUCAAGAGUUCGGCAUUGCUGGGAAGGUGGAAAAAAAAUCAUUUGACUUUAUCAAACGGAGGGGAGUUUAGCCUGCAGUCGACCAAUAUCUCCCCAUGGCUCUGGCGGAUGCCAUGCUACCGUCGAUUGCUACUUUUGCAAAUCAUCGAAGUCUGGAGGAAAGACAGUCUGAAAUAGUACAUCGAUGGAAAGUCGAUGAAAAUGAAUCCUGUGGCACCGGUAACGAGGUCAGACCCCAUAUCGCUGUCGAGUACAGCGUUGUCGAGUCCCCACCGAUGAACAAGGAAGAAGACGACCUGGCCAGAUUCUUGGAUUUGGAGUUUAUACUGUCCAAUACCAUCAGUUCCGAAACCGGGAGCAGCUCCGUCAACACCUCGGGAUAUCCGCUGCCGGAGACACCGGAGAGCUGCAGCACAGUGUACGACAGCGACGGUUCGCACCCCACGCCCAGCAGCUACGGCACCGGCCGCUUUUCUGAGAGCCCGAACCGAAGCCUGAUGGCUGAGCUCUUAACCCCAGAGCUGAAUUACCAAGGGCCUUGCGAAAUACAACAGGACUACUGCAUGAAGCCCGCCCUGGAGAGAAGGGAGUACACUGAGCUGAGAACGCCCAGCCUGGGGAAUCCUAUCCACCUACCUGUGGACAACGUGCACCACAUGGGACAUAAAAUUAAAACCGAGAGCCUCGAGCAGUCGUGUAUGAUGGCAGCUGACUGUAUGGGCCCGAUGUAUGACCACAAACCCGCUCUGCGCGCCCCGCACCCCCACCACCAGGCUGCGCUCCAGGGAUUCGUGCAGCACAGGACACCUCACAGCGCGCCCCGAGAGGAGAUUGGGCGAAAGGACUGCCACAUCCCCGAGAUGCAUUCACACCACCACCCCCACAUGGCCCACCAGCAGCAGUUCAUGGGCCACUCCUCUUACCCACCCCAGUACGUCCCGCACCAAGGCGCGCCGCAGUUUCACGGACAGUACAGCGUGUUCAGGGAGCCCAUGCGGGUUCACCACCCCGGCGUGUAUGGCACCAUGUUGACCCCGCCGUCCUCGCCUCUCCUGGAUUUCUUCGCGCCCGUGGGCGCUCCCGAAGACUGCAAGCCCAAGCGAGGCCGCAGGUCCUGGGCGAGGAAGCGCACGGCGACUCACAGCUGCGAGUACCCGGGCUGUGGCAAAACCUACACCAAAAGCUCUCACCUGAAAGCUCACAUGAGAACGCAUACAGGUGAAAAACCGUAUCACUGCAACUGGGAUGGUUGUGGGUGGAAAUUCGCAAGAUCCGACGAGCUGACUCGCCAUUACAGGAAACAUACCGGACACAGGCCGUUUCAGUGCCACCUGUGCGAGAGAGCGUUCUCCCGGUCUGAUCAUCUGGCGCUGCACAUGAAGCGACACAUGUAAAACAAAAAAAGACAGAUCUUGAACUUUCACCGAAAUCCUUGUUUAACUGAGAUAAAGGAAAUGUAUUUAUGGAAGCUAUUUGAGUAGGAACCAUUCUUUAACUUGUAUAUAAAUAAAUUCGUCGCUAAAUUAACACAGUAUUUAAGGGGGGACAAGACCUGUUAAGCUUUUGCGAGGAGUCUUCCAGUAUAAAUUAUUUAAAACAAUUUAUGAAGACAUAAAAAUAGAGAAAAUACAGUGGUCACUCUAAGGCAGUUUUCACAUAACAGGGCGGGACCCCGUUGUAUAGUUUUGUAUAUAGACUUGCAAGUCAUUUUACUGUUUAUAUUUUAUUUCCCGGCUGUUUCAGCCGCCUGCUUUGCUUCGUGUCAGGGAACAGGAAGGAAGACGCGAUGGCUUUGUAAUAAUUCUUAAGACUGGGGAUUUGCCUUUGAAAGCUAAAAUGUGUUGCCUGCCGGGUCUCUACAGUUCUGUAUAUUGCAUUUUAUUAAAUAUUUGCUUGUAUUUCAACUGCCUGUUUUUUGUUUGAUGUUGAAGGUUUUCAGUCUUUUAAGGACUGCCAAAUCAGGUACUGUCAGACUGCCUUUUAAUGAAGUCGUAAACUUUAAAAGUAUGCUAGAUAAACUGUACCAUUACUAUACUUGAAAUCAUUCUAGCAAAUGCUAUUAACCACCUGUUAACUGGUCUUGCAUAGUUCUCAAAAAGUAACUUUCAAUUUGUAGAUACCAAACAAACGUAAUGACUCACUUUAAAAGUGCAAUAUGUGUUGUGUAUAUUUUCAUGUAUUUACUGACUUGAUGCUUUUUUGUAUAGCAGAUAAAAAAUAUCCAAAGAAGUGAAAUGUUUUGCAAAGAGAGGUAUAUGUUAAAGUGUUUUAUGGAAAAAUAAAACUGAAAUCCUAAAAAUA